AUGACUAAUUUCCAGCUAUUCCGUACGAUACAAGAAGUGCGUGAUUGGAGAUUGAAUCAGAUCAUUAAUGGACAUAGUGUUGGUUUUGUUCCAACUAUGGGUGCACUUCACGAAGGUCAUUUGACACUGGUUCGAGAGUCGUUGAACGAGAAUGACAAAACAGUUGUGUCUAUCUUUGUUAAUCCGUCCCAGUUUGCACCGACGGAAGAUCUAGAAUCCUACCCACGCACUUUGGAGGCCGACUUGGAACAACUAGCGGGUUUAGAUGGCAGUGAAAGUAUCGUUGUGUUUGUUCCAACGGUGCGAGAAAUGUACCCAUCCGGCAUUCCGUUAGACGUAUCUCUUCAAAAGGGGGCAUUUGUGACAGUGCUAGGAGUCAGUGAACAAUUAGAAGGCAAAUUCCGACCUCAGUUUUUCCGCGGUGUGGCAACUGUCGUUUGCAAACUCUUCAACAUCGUGUAUCCCAACAAUGCAUACUUUGGUUCUAAGGAUAUCCAGCAAACAAUUGUAGUUAGGAGGAUGGUAAAGGAUCUAUUGAUUCCAACAAAUAUCCGUGUAAUUUUGACUUGUAGGGAGAAAUCAGGAUUGGCAAUGAGCUCCAGAAACCAAUACUUAUCAUCGGAAACUAAAAUGAAAGCUUCUGAAAUUUAUCGAUCACUUUUGGCAGCAAAGGAAGUUUAUGACACAGAAGAUUGUACUGCAGAGGAUCUGGAAUCAGCUGUUCUUGAAACAUUGAAGGAGUACACAAAUGGAGUUAAAGCAUCAUGGAACCUGGAAUAUGUCAGCGUCAAUGAAUACGAGACUUUAGACGAGCUCAAGUCCUCAGAGAAGGUAGACAAGACAAAACCAACUAUCAUAAGCCUUGCAGUUCAUGUACCUAGAGCAACCACCGGCACAGCCAGACUGAUUGACAACAUUGUUCUAGGUGCCAAAAGUUUGUAG